AUGUCAAAUCUUGAAGAAUUAAGUUUAUAUAUUCAUAUAUUGGGUGGAUCAACAUUCAUCUCUGGUACUCAUCUUAAUAAGAAAAUUCUUAGUCAUAUGUUACGACUUCAUACAUUCUCAUUUUAUUUCGCUUCUGAAAAUGUUGUUACUGAUUCAGCUAUUCGUAUAUCUAAUUCAGAUAUUAAACAAACUUUUACGAAUAUAAAACAUCGACAGAUUGCUUCUUUAAUAGACUAUGAUGGUUGUGGGAACGUGAUUUGUCGUGUCUUUUCACUUCCAUUUAAAUUUGAUCGUCUGACAAAUAUCACAAAUAAUAUUCCAAAUAUUGUAUUCAAUUCUGUUACUCAUUUGAGAUUACGCGAUAAAUAUCCAUUCAAACACGAAUUUUUUGUUCGACUUGCUCGUGGUUUUCCAUUUCUUAAAAGUCUAUCUAUUGAUACUAUUCUAGCACCAAACUGGAGAGCUAACGAACAUCAUCUUCAACAUAUUGAUUGGUGCUCAAUUAUUGAAUAUCCUCACCUUAUUUCACUUGACAUCUGUUCUGCAAAUAUUUAUUAUGCUGAACAUUUUCUCAAUGAAACAAAAACAUAUCUACCUUGUUUAACUGAAUUAAAAAUUCGCUAUGAAGAUUUGGAAAUGGUGACAAAAAAUUUUACAAGCAAUGAAACACGACGUAAUUGUACUAAAGUGAACCAAUUAAUUUUUAAAAAUUUCAUAGUUUAUCCGAAAGAUGUUUAUCAUUAUUUUCCUUUAUUGUGA